AGUUAGAGUUGUUUCCAAUAUGAUGGCGGAAACUGGUGGUCGUCAGCAGGGAUGUGUUCUGUCGUUUCGUAUUUUUUGACAAUUCCUCGUUCAGUAUUCCGCAGUGGGCUAAAUUCUAAUAGUCUUUUACGAUUGAUAUGGAGGAGAAAUCUGGGUCUCUGGGUGCACAAGAAGAGAGAGAUCUCAAGAAGUUUUUGAAAUUUCUAUCGCAGAAGGUACGGGGUUGGCAUGUUUUGUUUUGUUUUUUUUAGAUUUCUGACGCUUGUAAACUUGGUUAUGGUUUUGCCAGUUUUUACUUUUAGCUAAAAAUAAUAGGAAAUAUAAGAACGUUAUUCAAUACAUUUUCGGGGUAGAUUUUUGUGAGUACCCCAAACGGAGAAAACGUAAUUCUUGUCGGCAUAUGUUCAGUGUUAUGAUUUUGGAACCAAAAUGUAAGUACACAAAACUGCCUGUUAAAAAUGUGAAGUAAAAAGCAUGUUAAUUUAAGGCUAAAAUUACCCAAAAUUAGAAGGAUUUUGCCCCUGAAUUCUUGAAUAUUUAACCCGCGGGCGAAGUGAGAGUGAAAACGUUUUGUAUAUCACUGAAGCGGAGCUAGCGCCAACGAAACUCUGACGGUAUGUUAAAGGCUAUUUAUGUCGCGUCUGUGACGGAUGCAAAAGCUUCCAAUAUGGCGAAGCUAAAUGCCCGAAUUUUGUUUAUGAUCAUUUUUUCUAUCAUUCUAGCAAUGAUGAUACAUCUUAAUAUUACCAAUACACUUUUGUAUAGUGGUGAUUCUUUAAAUUUUUGUCGGCAAUGUUCGAGAAUUACAACGAUGGGCUCAGUUUUAAGAUCUGUUAGCUUCAGAAACCCUCUAGACAUAAAUAAAUGAGAGCUGAAACUGAAACCCAAUGGAAAUUAGAAAGAGAGGUUUCAGCUCCCGUGUCAUUCCUUGCCUAUUCUUUUAAUAUAAUUAAUUUCAAGCUGAUAUCAUUGUUCUCAAAUUUAUGCUUGGAGAAACAGAGAGUGUGUUGGGAGAAGUCUAAGACAAAUUAAUGAAACUGAAAUUGCACCAAAGAGUAAUAAUAAAGCCCUAACAGUCCUCUUCAAUUAGCUUUGCUCCUGGAAAGGUGAAACAGUAUUGAAACAUGUUGAAACAGAUAUAGUCCUAAAGCUUGAGUAGUAUUUGAAUGGUUCUGCUCAGGCUGUUGUGAGUCAGUAAAGGGUAACCAGGGCAGCUUAAUAGAGGUGAAAAUUACAGUGUUAAAGGGGAGAAAAUUUGUUACUUUGACUACUGACUACUUAAUACAGGUUGACCACUUAAUACAGUGCCACAUAACCCACUUCCAGAAGUGAUCAAUAUGAAACUUCUUCCAAUGAUAUCCUUACAUUAUCCAGCCAACAGCUAAUGAGAAUAUUCAAACAUAUAAGGUAGAAGUUGUUGACUUGAUCUACCAACAACUUCUCAUUACUAAUUUACAAGGACAUGUGUAGCAGUUAGAGGGGAGAAUUACCAAUCAGAUCUUGGGAGUUAAAGCCGGUUAAUACAGGUUGGAUUGUCUUACUGAACAGAUGCAUGGCAGCAUGGGAUCUAGUUCUUAAUCUGCUGAGAGCAGUUAAUAGUCAGUUAAAAGUUUAUGUUUUUUAUCUAAGAUAUUUUUCUUUUAUUUAAGGCAGUGCAAGUGAUUGUUCAGUCACGUCUAGGAGAAAAGAUUCAUACCAAGUCUAAACCUACUGCAAUGGGCCAAGACUGGGUAAGGUUUAAAACCUGGUAAACAGUAUAAUAAUGUACAUGAAAAAAUUAUGUGCUUCUGAUUGGCUGAAAACAAAUGCAUUCUCAUGUAACACAAGUGUAAAGUUAAGAAUAGCCUGUGCACCCUUUUAAAAUUUCAUCUCUCUUGACUUUCUGCAAUGUUUUUUCAUGUACUUUAUUAACAGGUUAUAGCAUGAUUUCUGAUGCAGUUUGGUGUAAUAAGCACUUGUAAAUGACUACAAAUUGCACUUGCCUUGUGAGCUGCUGUAAUUUUGUUGUCUUUGAAAAAUUUACUUGUGUGCUUAUUACUUAUACUAAAUGUUGGAUCAUUAGAAAACCAUAUAAAUGGUAGAACACUUGAAACCAUUGACAAUUAAUACAGCAGAUAUUUAGAGGAAAACUGGUAUAGUUUUCAGCUUACUAGCCAAACUAUAAUCUUUUUUACUUGGAACAUUUAAAAAGUAUAACAAUUUAUUGCACUGACAGCAUUUUGAGAUUCCAAAGAAAGAUCAAAGUAUUCAAAGAUUGUCUUGAAAUGUGUGGAAACUUUGAGUACAAAUUCUGGCCCAUCAUUUUGAUUCCUGCUUCACAACAAGGCUGCUCACUUGUGGUGUAACAAAGUCUGAUACCUUACUUCUUUACCUUCCAUCUCUUGGCAAUCUGUUUUUUUUUUACCAUAAUUUCAGGAGCUAAACCAAAAAAGGCAUGUUUAAGUCAGGUAAUUGUUAAAGCAAUAUUUUCUAAUAGUUAAAUUACUCUUCAGAAUCUCAAAUUGUUGUAAAUAAUCAAUUUUCUGCACACUUCAAUGGGAGGGAGAAGAGAAUAUUUUAAUGGUGGUUUUUGUAGGGUUCUUCUCCUUUAUAAUUAUAUCUUAUCUAGUUUUGCUUAAUUUUCCUAAUUUUAAUUUUUUGAGAACAUUUCUUUUCAGUUCAAUCUAGCAAUAAAUGAUAACCCAGAUGUAACAUCAGAGGUAAAAAAAGUGAUGAUAAAUGGAAGGCUUCCUUCUAAAGACAGUGCCAUGUGUGUGGAGAUAUCUCUGAAGUCUAGAGAUGUAAGAGCCUUAACAUUAUACUGUUGUACAUAGAUCUUCAGUUUCCUGUUAAAAACAGGGAAUGGAAUGUAAAAAGUCACUGCUAAAGAAACUAGAACAAAAUUAAAAUCUGGAUAUUUGUGUCUUUGACCCUUAAGAGUGAUUAGAAUCCAAUUUCUCCUUACAUUAUCCCACCUGAAUCAGACAUUACGGUCAUGAGAAUAAAGGAAAUGAUUGUCAACUAGAGAUGUUCUUGAUUGAAAAACUCUCCUUAUCAGCACCUUAGGAAAUAUAUAGAGAACAGUAUGGAGAAUAUGCAUAUUGAUGUUAGGUGUAAAGGAUUAAGCAGUUUUAUAGAGCAAAGUUUAUUAUAACAUAGCUAGUAAAUUUGUCUAAUCAAAUUCAAUUGUGCAAGCAUGCUUCAUAUUCCUAUUGUUCAUGGACAUGACGUCAGCAAACAAAUCCCUCAUGAAUAAAAAUUUUCCAUUGGGUUGAGAAUGUUAUAAAACAAUUGGUUCAUGCGUUAGCGUGCAUUCAUUGAGAUAUGAAGCACUUGGGAAGUUUGGAGAGCACUCAAGAAGCUAGAGUUGCUUGAGGCAUAGCCUCGAGCAACUCUUGCACAUCUUUCAUGCUCUCCAAACUUCCUGCAUGCUUCAUAUCUUGAUGAACACAUGCUAAUGUAUGAACCAAUUGUUAAUUAUACUUUUACUCUAAAGAGACAUGCUCUUUACUGCAUGACGUAAUGACUAAAUCAUUUGUUUUUUGUGGUGAAAACUGGUUUUCUUUUUGUUGUUAGGAAGUAAUAACAAAAUGCUUAAUAAACAAUUUGGACUUGAAAUAAAAAGAGUUAAAAAAAAAAAGCAUUUCACCAACAUUGCUAAUGGUUUGUUGUUCCUUUUAUUAAAACAGGGAGAAUCUAUGUUGUUAGAGACAUGGUGUCUUAGUAUGAAUGACAGGUACUGAUCAGAUAAAAAUUAUGAUUUUCAACACUACUUGAUUUUAUAGAAAACUUAAGACUAUUGAGGUUUUUUAUAUAACCAUAAUGUUAUAGUGAAAUGUAGAAUUUUCUUUUAGGAUUGAUCUUAAUGCCAAGGUGACAUACACAGUUUAUAACAGAAUUGGAGUGCUUCUCAAGUCUCUUACAUCAGUGACAAGAGUUACACCAGCCUAUCAACUGUCACGCAAGCAAGGGACAGACUUCAUUCUGUGUUACAGGUAAGAAAUUUUGAUUGAGUAUAUUUAAAGUAAUGCAAGAACAUUUCUUUAGGAGGAAUACUCAAAGUGUCACUGGGUAUGUGAAAUAUGGUAGAAGUAAUUAGAAUGGACGGCAACAGUCUUAGCAUGCAUACUACUUUUUUAAUGGUAUUAUCUCCCCCGGUCAAUCAUUGCAAUGUUGCCUGGUGGCAACAUUUCAUUUCUGUUUAUCAUGUUAAGCAAAAGGUUGUUGUCCACCUACUAUGGGGGGGGGAUGCUAACUAAUUUUGCCACUCAUAAGAUUAGUUAUAAUCUCCUGUAAAAUUAUUUUUUUUGUUUCAUAAGGGCAAACAGGGCAAUUUGAGAGGAGAAUCUAUUGGUUUAACAGAAGUUACAAAAGUGAUUUGGAUUUGAAUUUUUUGCAGGGUUUACUUUGGUGAAGUAAGGUUUCAAGAUUUAGGAGAAGGUGUGUUCAGCCUUAAAAAAAAUUUCAUGAGUAGAAUGAAAACUGAUUAUCAACAAUUUUAGAAUGUAUAGAUAUUAGAAUAUCAGAUUUUCUAUAACUUGAUGUUGUUCCUUAUGUUUGUGCAGGCUUUGCUACCCUGAGAGUAGGCUCCAUAGGUACCCCAGUUGGUUCCAUUACUUUAUCUGCUGCGUACAGGACAAAGCUGACCUUGCCAGAAAAGUGAGUAAAAGACACCACUACCACCUAAAUAGUUGCAUGUAUUUGGAAGAGUAUUUGACUUUCUUUUCUUCACAGAGGAAAUGUGAAUUUAUCACAUUUCUUAUGAGGAUGAUUAGUGAUGAAUGGACAAGGCUGUGCAAUUUAUAAUUAAAAUAAAUGUAAGUUUGGGUAUUCUCAUCACCUGUUUGCUGGAGAAUGUGUGGAUAUUUUAGAGAGAAGUUACACGUUAAUCACUUCAAAGUCGAAAGGUUUGGCCUGGCCAUGAUGGGCAGCCAUGAAAUCACAUUGUUAAUAGGCAGAACAUUAUGCUUUGCAUUACAUUAGCAAUGGUCCUGAGGUAAUAACUGACGUUCUCGUUUCAUUGUUUCUCAUAGACAACAAGUCAUGGUACAAAGUAAUCAUUUCAGCUCAGAGUUGGCACAGAUGCCUUCUGAUCAGCAGGAUGAUGCUUUGCCAUGUGGAGCAUUUGACUUAACAGCUGAAGCGAGGUAUCUGCAGGGUGUUUGUAUUAUGUACUUCACGAGUAAGAAUUUGGACCCAGUCAUAUUUUGUACAAUGUCAUUAAACACUAGCGAAGCUUAUUUAGCUAUUAGGUGUUUACACUCUGGUUAUUUUAGUUUCGCUUCUAUUGCAAGGGUAAAUUAAAAAAAAAAGAAAAGUUAACUGAUUUGCUUACUUUUGUAACGGUUUUAUUCUUUAUUUCGGUCAUCAAGGAAAAAAAUGUCUGAGUUGGAAACAAUCUUUUGUUCUCAGUAGUACAAACGGCAGAUGGCAGAUGGCAGAUGGCUUUUAAGUUUCAACAUUUUUGGACGUUUGCCGUUUUGUUAAAACAUCUUGCGUGCUUAAGUCCUCUAUCGAAAUAUGAAACUAUCGCAAAUUAUUAUUUUCUGUUAGGAGAGGUGUUUCUAAAGGGGGAAACUUUCCACAUAAGAUUGAUCCUGUGACUGCCUUUUGCCAUCUAGCCAAAUACAGUGGAAAGUCUUUUUUUAUUGCGACUUCGGCGACUCAAGAUUUGAUCCGGGUUGAAAAAAACUCUAUAUUUUCAAGUGAUACUUUCUCCAUGAGGGGGUUCGGUUUACUUUUUUGGAAAAAGAGACGCCACCAUACUGUAAAGCUGCUCUCCGAUCCUCAUUUAAUUCACGACAAAAUAUUUUUUUUGCCCUAGACAUCAAAUCGCAGAGGAGAUAGCAAGCGCGACAGAAACGGAAGUAACCCGACCAACAACUGCAUCUUCAGACACUCCUCCGUCGACAGCUCAUAAACUCAGCUCAACAACUCCACCACUUGGGUUAAGGCGCAUCAUUCAAGAAGUUAACAGCACUGGGAAACACGAGAUGAGCGGGUGAUUGUCUUGAUUGUCUCUGGGAUACUCGUUCACUCUCUUUGAUUUGCUAGUUCUUCUACAAGAAACAUUCCUCCCGAUAUAAAUCUUUCUGUCUUUUUUCCCUACCACAGACCCGGAAGUUAUUCUCAACCCACUGGCUGUGCAAAAAUGCGAACAAAGGGAGCCUUUGUGAGCAGUUCAGGAUCGCCUGAAAAUGUAAGCUAGCGUUCAACCUAGAGCCACAAAUAGCCAAAUUGAAGAGAACCCUUUUCUUGAGCCAGUGCUUGUUUACUUGCGCCUCCAAAAGUGAUACCCGCAUGAACAUUGUGUAUGGUCACUUCAAAAACAAGUCACGUUUGAUCAGGCCGUUCGCUUUCAACUUCAAAUAUUUCACCAGUAAUUUUCCCUUCUUGCUGCCAUCCAUUCCCACGUAAAUUAUUAGAGAUUAUUUUGUGUUAAGUUCAAUAAGAUAGCACCUGUCAGGUGAUAAUUUUGUAUUUUCUCACCUUAUGUUAUUUAAACAAAAUAUUUAUAUUUAAAGGAGGAAUUACACUUUUGUCUCUUCCAAGAGUAAAACGGCGUAAUUAGCUCAAAAGCUAAGCUAAAGAGUAUUUUUAGUGGAAGGGAUGUUAAGGAGCGCGAAAAACACCCUGCAAAACGCACGUUAAUGUUUUGCGUGUCUUAAGGCGAACGUUGGGCCAGUGCGUGGGCCGAGUGAAUCAGGUGUGUAAAAACACCCGCGCUUUUUUCAGAGUAGGGUUAGUACCGUAUUUUUUCUAAAUUCACUCGUGAGACCAAAACGUGUCGUGCACGAAGCGUUUGUUAAAGUGGCUCACGAAUGUUGCCAUGGGCUUUUUAUUAUCUUGUGGGUGAAUCAUGUUUUCACUUUUUAAAUCCUACUUGUUGUCUUUAAUUCACAGUCAAUGCUUACAAACCUGUCAUCUACUCCACCGUUUGCGUCGCUUUUACGAAAAGAGGCUGAUAACAUACCAAGCGGUCUGCCGGCCUCAGAUAGCAACCUGAAAAAGUCACCAUCAAUUCUACAUAGAAGGGUGAGCAAUUUACCUUUCCAUAACAAGGGAAAAGAAAAUUGCUAAACGGAUGAUUCUUACUUAUAUGUUAUUAAGGAAAGGUGUUGAUUUUUUUGUCAGAAGCGUGGGACAAAGAGGAGAUCUGAGUCCUCCACGAGGAAUUAGACUCCAGACCUCCUGACGUCUUAUAGACGACUCACAGCUGCCAACAUAGUAAGCUUAAAGCAAAUUUGUAUGUCUUUUGUAGGACAGUUCAUCUGACAGAACAGAUGGCAGCAAACCAUCGACGGUGCAGUCUCCACCCUUCCCCAGUCAGCUUGUGUGGGAUGAUGACUUCGUUAUGGUAGAACUGGUGAGUAUUCUUAGUGAAGAAAUAUGCGUAGGUCUUGCAGCGGGUGCAUGGUGUGAUGAGUCUGAAAUAAUCUUUGCUGGAAAGGAAGACAUUUUGAAGAGCUUGGUGGUCUGUUAUCGCACCAGGUCUUUUUUGAGUCGGGUUUCCUCAGUGUUCGUGGGGAUUGUUAAAGCUUCGAAUUGAUCGGCGCACUCGGGCGUAUUCGGGCGCAUUAGGGAGAGGGCGGAAGACCAAACGUGUAUGAAAACUAGUAAACACUGGCUAGUGUUUUGGGGAAAUUGUUUUCGCCAUCAAGGGCGAAAAAAAUCCUUAUGAAAAGACAAAAAUAUCAUUAUGCCCUGAAAUUGACAUUUGCUCUCAACUCAAAUCUAUCAUUUUUUUUUUUUUCAGAAACCAGCCUUCGCGUCUCAUUCAGCAACAUCAACCGGUGAUCUUGGUAGCUUCUUUCGUGAGUGUCAGACAGCACCUCCACUGAGUUUAUUUGAAGAUAAUGAGGUGUCAUCGCUAGAUAACAUUAUGGUGAGUUUAACCAUUUGACUUCAAGGUGUGGCCGAUGUGCACCUUCUUAAAUGUAAAAGACCUUUGAGGCAGACCAAUUGGAGCAAUUUUCCAUUUCGACCGGUCACUCAGGUUAUACUAUUUCCGCACUUGAAGAAGCUUUCGUGUUCUAACUCUGUUUUCUAACAGGUUCCUUGUUAUGUUUACCUUUCUCCGAAUUGGUAGUUGUGCUUUGCUUUUUUUUGUUUUCGAUGUCUGACACUCGAUCGGAAAGUACCCUCAGGCAAACUUUUCGUCGGAGAAUAUUGCGCGACAUAGCAUGCGAUUCCAGGACUAACCAAAGACCAUGCAUAGCUGUCGUCGUUGCUAAAGAUAAUUUGCAGUGAUCUUGGUAGUUAAAGUAUUAACCAACUCUUAGCGUCAAAUGCAAUUGUGAUUCAACUGGUUUUUCUCUUCUCUCAGCAUCAUUUCACAUUUGCUUCUCUAGGACCGUUUGGAUGGGGAAUUGUGUAGCUUUCGUGAGAACGCUUUCAAAUUUGACGAACUCUUAGCUGAGCUACAGCAGAGGUGAUAUCAGCUGGAGAUGAGCUUGGGUUUGAAAGUAAUUUGCAUUAGCACAAAGGAAGGAGAGAAUUCAAUUCGAGGCUACCGACUGUUUUGCAAGCAUCUCAUGUCUCUUUGACGUCCAUAGUCACCCGUAGAGCUGUUUCGUCAUAAGUCGGUUUGCUUUCCAAAUAUGAGACAGGCACCGUCAUCCACCUGCCUUGUAUUGCCAGGGAUUAAGUUAUGGGAUUUAAUCUCAUAUAGAGGUUUUCUUUCAAACGUAAUCCUUGCAAAGCUAUAGUUCGAAUGAAAGUAUCGAGUCUCUUGGAAAAUAAUUUAACAUUUACCUCUCGUAUUGCUUGAAGGUGAUGUCCGCUUGAAAAAAGAAUUUACAAUUUAGGAUCCAGUGUUGGUUUCUAGAUUUCCUCGGCAUCACCUAUAGCGGAAGUGAUCUAAAAAUAACUCUACCCUCUCUUGACUUUCAAGAAAUUUGGCGGGUGGGAACAGAAACAGGAAGUUUUUAGUUAAAGUUUUUCGAUAUACAUGACAUUAUGAACUUGUAAUAUUAAGAUCUUUAAAUGGCCGUGCUAUAAUUUUAGGAUUAGAAACUUUAAAAAUGAAAUUGAUAAGAUUGCGAAUCCUCUGAGAUACUGCCGGCGUCACUCAGUUCUCAAACCAAAGCCUUAUUGAACGAUUUCUGUUCUUCGGGUUUACAAUAGAAUGCUUAGUACUCUCCUGGUGAGAUGAUUUUUAGGAUAUUGUUUUGAACACGUAUAGUUCUUGCGAUGAGCACUCUCUAUAUCAAGAACAACUUAGUUGUCAACAGAUCUUAUUGUAGACACGAUGGUGCGGGUGAUUGCUUCUUAAUUCGAUUUGACAAUGGCCGGUGGAAUCGAAACUUGUGAUAAUGUAGUUAAUUAUUAUUUGCAUGAAAGAUGAAAUGAUGAAAUUAUAUAAAGAAAAUCUUAGUUUCCAUGUGGAAAUCAGGACUGUUCCGUACAUGUACCAUUCUCACGUCCUACUGCUGGCAAUCGUCCCCGUCUAAUUUUAAGUUCCGAGAAGAUUCAUCUUGUACCGAAGAUAGCGCUCGUGAAAAGCCAAGGAAAAUUUGUCGGUUAUUUUUGGAACGGAAGUGAUUGCCCCUUACAAGUCGUAGAUUUCUCGGAAUUUACGUUAGUCAUCUUAAAUCAUCUUUUCUCUCCAUGUUGAUUAUGUAACUUUUCAUUCUCUAUGGAAGAAACUCAACAAAAACAACAAGUUAUCUGGUUAAUUUGUAUGUUUACGAUUUUAUCCCUAUCUCCGAAUAACAUCACGGUUAAAGGAAUAACAUUAAAUUAACCUUAUCGUCAGUUUUAGAAUGCGAACAACCUUAAUAUAAUUAAACAAAUUUAGAAUCUCCCGUG